GUCUGCCUUGCCCUGAUUAGAUGAUCAGAUAUUGCAACUCGCUACUCUUUCCCCUACGGAGCCCUCAGUCCUGGAGCCCCCGCGAGGGUGAACAACUCUGGCCGGCCAGCCUGACUGAACCCUGCCUGGCCAGCAGCAACAGCGUCACUCGCGUGAUACGAUGGCUGCCAGAUCGAGAUGGGCACAACCCUGCCAGAUCCUGGGCUCUGGAUCUUCUUGGCACACGCCCCCAUCCUGUAUAGCCGCAGCACACACACAGGGUCUUCCUGUCCCGUGAACACUGAAACAUGCGUCCUCGUGUUGGUGCGUUGGUUGUAACCACGCACUCAACCACACAUUCCAUGAACCGCCUCGCACUGCGUCCCCGACACAGCUACGCCGGAAAAUAGUCUUGUGCCUCUCAGAGCGUGGCACCACACCCUCCCAUCGCCAGUCUGACAACAUCGUCCAAGUCCGUAUUCUGUGCCUUUUAGAAGGCUCAGAUAGCAUGUCCCAGCCGCCUGGCACUGCACAACAGGCUCGACGCCGUGCUCCCACCGCCUGUCGACCAUGCCGCAAGCAGCGGAAGAAGUGUAUUCAUGUCGGUUUGGAGCCAUGCCAGGCAUGCGUCGAGUCCAACAUGACCAAAGAAUGCUCAUAUGUCGAGCGUGGCGAGCAAAAUGUAGACCGCCAGUUUCGCCAUCCACGUAUGAGGCGCGCGGAUCGACUCUCCAGGAACGGUGGUAAUCCUCUGGUACGGGCUCCAGCCAGAGGCCCAGGGAGUGGAGGCGACCAGCAGUACCUCCUCAAUUCAACACGAAGUCUGCUGCCUGACACCAACACCAUCCUCAUUGCGGUUGACGCCUUCUUCAGGAAGUUUAACCAGCUUAGCUUCCUCUCGACCGACCGCUUUGCACAGCAAGUGCGAGAGGAUGUCAACUCCGUGUCCGCGUUCCUGCUGUGCAGCAUCGUGGCCGUAUCGGCACGGUACGUUAGGAUGCUUCGCGAUCACUACGGGGGCGGAAUGCUUGCAGUCGCAAAUCUCACCGACCGGGCUGAGCAAGCCGGCAGGCUCGAAAUAUUUGAGGAGGCGACGCUCGAGAGGUGCCAGGCGUUCCUGCUGCUCACUAUUGCGCAACAAGGCAGCGGCCGGAUUGACCCUAGCUACAUGUCUGCGAGGGUGGCCUUGAAUAUCGCUGUGUCACUGGGACUACACCGGGAGCAGGCGUACGAAAGGAUGAUGUCCGAGUCCAUACCUCAAGCGAGAGCAAAAGCCGAAUCAGCGAGGCGAACCUUUUGGUUCGCUUAUGGUCUCAACAAGUCGAUCUGCAGUCGAGGGCUGCCUAUCACGCUACAACCACAAGACAUCACUACCUACUCUCUUCAAGACGAUAUCGCCUUCGAUAGCCGAUCUGGCAUAGCAGUUACCUCCCAGGAAGCACUUGUGUCUACUUCGAUACAUGGCAGGCCGCCAUCUCUGGCAUCGUAUCUUCAAAUUCUCGACAUAUGGGGGGAGGCAGCACGCUUGGCCUCUUGCAGGGAGGUUAGAUACAAACCCGCAAGGUCAAGUAGCAGCAUUGCACAAGUUCUACGUCGCCUAGACGACUGGGAACGUGGCCGUCCAUUGGAUCAAGGGUUCUCAAGCUCACUCCUUGGUGGCUAUCGCCGACAGUCGCUUGACCUGGCUUACCUCGACAUCCAUGCGACUUUCCGGCUCUGUCAUAUUGUGCUACGCAAAGCAUAUCUUAAUGACAUUGUUCAGCAAGCGCCGAGUUUCUCUCAAAUACCGGAUGACGAGGUCAAAAGGUACUGGGAUGUGAUGAAGGAUCUGUUUGUCCAAGUCAGACAUCUGUUCCAUAUCUUAGACUCGAGGUUUGAAUAUGGUCACAUUGAGGACAAAGUCGGCAAUGUACUGACAUGCUUCAUGCUGUACACUGUUGGAGUCAUGGCGACGUAUCUGUUCAAGUGCCCUCUAAUUGAUGCUCACAUGAGCUCCCAUGGACACAACGAGCACGACAGAAUCCGAGAUGAUGGCCUGCGAAUGUACACCAAAGUAUCAUACCUGCUGAGGUCAUGCCAAGAUGUGUGGCCACCUGCUGGGCAUUGGCACACGGACCUAGAGAGCUGGCAUCAUGCAUUCAAUGCAGAUGUGAUUCGGGCCAGAGUCGACACAGUUCGCGCCAGAGGCGCCCGGGGUCGCAACGGCGCGAAGUCCUCCCCACGGCACCAACACUUUGAAGGAGAUUUGCAGCCGAGCAAGAAACUACACGAAACCUUUGAGAAUUUCGCUUACCUGCCGCCACUGCAGAGCACAUUGCCCUCAGAGGGAGAGCCAGAGUCACUUGCACUGCCACCGCUAAAAGGAGAAUCGUUCGACCAGUCAGCUCGGGGCUCUCCCUCACUCCCCUCGCCGCCUUCCGGCCAAUCGAUCGACACUUCAGCGUCUAAAGUUUCUUUGAGUCCCCAGAAUCGGCCGUUGCAUGCCAUUUCAAACAACCACAAGCCUCUGCAGGCUGUUCUUGACCACAGACCGUACUGCCCUCAUCCUUACAACCCGGCCGUUUCCGCAGGUUUGGACGCCCCGACCUGGCAGCAGCAGUCACACUCGCAAGAUCCCGUGCAGCCAUACAGGAGCGCGCAAUGCUCAUCAUACGACUACCCGCGGCUGCCAUCCAUAUCCCCAUCAACCAGCGACAACAACAACUACAAGGGCUCGCCAUCCAGCACUCCAAGCCGAGCCCAGAUCGCGGGGGCGGCGGGUGCUACUGCCGGCUUAGAAUAUCGCUCCAGAGACGCCGCUGACGAUCGUCGCUACAGUUAUACAGACAACAGCGAUGACGAAGGCGACGAAAACAACUAUAGCCGGAGCGAAGACGGCUUAAACGACGGCUUCGAGCAUAAUCUCGAGGGGUUCCUCCACACGGGCGCCAUCUGGGCUGCCACGGCUGGCGCCCGCGCCUCACCUCGUCAUCAUGCUGAUGCUGCUGCUGCCGCUGCUAGUCGCGACGAGCAGAUCGAUCGCUAUGCUGUCGGUGGUCAAAGCCGCACCCUCGAUCCCGGAUCUGGUCUCGGUCCCGGUAUGACCUCAGCCUCCGGUGGUGUUGGCUCCAGCUCCGGUCUAUUCGCAAGCAUGGCUGCGAGUAUGGGCACGGGGGGCAUGGAAUCGUCGAGUCGUCCGUUCUCUGGUCCGUCCUCGACUUGGUCGUCGUUGUCGCUUGGACGCCACGAGGAACGAGGCAGCGCGGAGACAGGGGCCAUGGCCACCAACGUCUCUGGCCGCUGAAGAGGAUUGUGGUGAUGGUCGUUGUCGUGCCCCAUGUCGCUGUCAACGGCUCAUGCCAUGCCCACCUACGUUCUUGAGGAUUUGCGCCACCGAGUCACGGGUCAAGCUCUAUUACGAGUCCGCUGCGCUCACGCCGUAAGGUGGCGUGGCUGUGUUGAUGUGCUCUGGCGAAAGCGAAUGUGAAACCAGAGACAGCUAGCUACCCGGCUUACGUCGUCCGGUCUCUUCUCCAUCGUGGCGGUUCGGCGUCCAUGGCCACCCGUUCCAUUCCUGACCUUCACAUUCGGCCACC